CACAGCUGUCGGACAAACUUCUACUCUCCCCCCUUUCCGCCUUCACCUUUCACUUGCUGGCCCCAGUUUACCGCAUUUGCAGGGGAUGUCUAGGAGAAGUGCAGCUGGGUCUCCAGCGCCGCUAUCGCUGGUGAAGAGACGAAGGAGACAGAGUCACGGGCACAAGGUGUCUCUGGAGAAGAUAGUGGGUCUGACGUGUGUCACCAGCAACGGUCUCUCGGUCAGCUCUGAGACUGGCUGCGUCACCUACCCUGCAGGGUGUGUGGCGGUUCUGCACCUCCCCAAUGCAAACGGACGACAGCUCCACAUUCUCAACACUACAAAGAAACCCAUAUCAGCUGUGUGUCUCUCUCCUGACGGAAAGUAUCUAGCCAUUGGAGAGUAUGGGCACCAGCCCAGCGUCCAGGUAUGGAACGUGGCCGGGUCUCCCAGUCAUGUCUCGGAGCUCAAGGCCCACAAGUAUGGGGUCCAGUGUAUGGCGUUCAGCCCCUCAAUGAAGUACCUGGUCUCUGUGGGCUACCAGCACGACAUGCACAUCCAUGUGUGGAAUUGGAAAUCGGGUCACCGUGUAGCAACCAACAAGAUCACUUCCAAAGUCUACGGACUCUCUUUCUCAGAGGACGGCAAGUAUUUUGUGACGGCCGGGAAUCGGAGGGUUCGUUUCUGGACCAUGCUUCCCUCCGGUCGGGAGGAAAACCAUACAGCUCCUCUGAAGGGGCGUUCGGCCGUCCUUGGUGACCUACAGGACAACUGUUUCGUGGCGGUAGAAUGUGGGCGUGGCUCCAUCUCCUCCUACACCUACGUUCUGACCAGGACUGGGGUGCUGUGCAAGUUUGGUCACGACAGGUCUCUGGAUCAGUUUGUCAACGUUCAGGCAAGGCCCGGGCGGAGUCUGUCUCUCUGUGAGUCUUACAUCAUUUGUGGGUGUGGUGAGGGCGUGGUCAGACUGUUUGACCCUUGCACCUUGGAUUACUUGCUCACCGUGCCACUCCCUCACCCUCUCGGAGUUGACGUGGCCCUCCCUCUGAACCCCAGUCAACAGAACGAAGGGGAGAAAUAUCCAGACACUGUUGCAACAGCCCUCGACUUCAACCACAAGAGGUUGUCGGUGGUGUACAGCGACCACAGUCACUACGUAUGGGACGUGGGGAACCUUCGUCAGAUACGAAAGACUCACUCGUCUCUCCAUCACAGUGCCUGCAUAUGGGACCUCUGUCUAUACCCCUCUCCACCAGAAGGAGGCGUCCUGCCUCCCUCCACUCUGGUCACAUGUUCCACUGACAACACUGCCAGGUUCUGGAGCAUGGACACUCCUGGACUGGCCCGACAAGCCUCUAGUUUGGUCAGAAAUGUGUAUUCUAAGGAACUGAAGAGAGUCAUAUAUACCAGUUCAGACCUCUCCUCUCUCUCUGACGCCAGCAAAUACCCCGGAGAUGCGAGUGCAGUGGCGGACAUGCAGAGAGGUGUCCGCUGUGCCAAGUUCCACCCGCGAGGCCACCAACUGGCUCUGGGAGACAGAGCUGGCAACAUCAGGGUUUAUGAGCUGCAAUUCAUGGAUGUCGUGUUUCAAGUCGAGGCUCACGACUCUGAGGUCCUCUGCAUCGAGUACUCCCCUCUCAGUGAUGGUCUGCAGUUCAUGUGCAGUGCAAGUCGAGACAGACUCAUCCACGUCUUCACUGCUGGAGAACACUACCAGCAUGUUCAGACCAUCGACGACCACUCUGCUUCUAUCACUGCCCUGCGAUUCACCGGUAAUCAACUUCUUUCCUUCCAUCUAACCCCUCUCCCUCUUUCUCUCUCCUUUGAUCAAUCUGUCUUCCUGUAUAUAUAUGUACAGUGAGGGGAGAUCUCCAGUUGCUGAGCUGCGGAGCCGACAAGUCUAUCAUGUUCAGAACCCUCCAGAAAUCUCCAGGCCCCGAGUUCCAGAGAACCUCUCACAUUGCCUGCAAGUCCUCCAUCUACGACAUGGAUAUCGACGUAGUCGGCAAACAUAUGGUGACUGCAGGCCAAGACAGACUCCUCAGAGUCUACCAGCUAUCUUCAGGCAAGCAAAAGGCUGUAAUCAAAGCCUCAACAGGAGACGAAGGCUCUCUAAUAAAAGUUGCCAUGGAUCCUUCAGGACUGUAUGUGGCCUGCAGUAGCUCUGAUAAGACUGUGUCUCUCUUUGAUUUUUACUCCGGAGAAUGCCUUGCGAAACUCUACGGCCACUCAGAGGUGGUGACGCAGGUAAAGUUCAGCACUGACUGCAGAUUCCUCUACUCAGUCUCUGGUGAUGGGUGUAUCUUCAUAUGGCAUCUAUCAGAGGACCUCACUCAGACAAUGCACGACAGACUGACUGAAAUCGGAGCUCCCGUGACCGCACCCCUGCAACUCGCUCCAAUUAAAGCCCCUCCCUCGUCGCCGCUGCGGAGAGAGACGUAUUUUGUGAGCAAGGAGAGAGGCACGCCCGCUGGCAGCGAGGAGAUUGACAGCAGUGACGAUGGUCAUUUCAGACUGAGUGUGAGUCAGCUGCCAGCCUGGGCCAAGAGACAUGUCCAGGCAAGACCCUCCAUCGCCCAGAGCUUCAGCACAUCCUCGCUGGAGAAGGCAGGGGUGGAGGGAGGGAGAGAUGAGGGAGGAGGAGUGGAGGGCCGCUGGGCUGAGAGGGUGGCUAGAGAUCCUGAUGUUCCGCUCCUCAAUAGAACUGCCAGUGCACCAGACGUUACCAUUACUGUCAUUGACCUGACCAGUCCGGAGAAAGAGAAGAGGAACGAAGAUGAAGAUGGAGACGUGUUCUUUCCUCCUCCAGUGACUCCAGCCGUUGAUCCCAGUGGGUUCAAGGUCACCACACCAAAGAAGAAGGCAAAGAACAGACCUCCGGCAGACUCCGUUCAGGAAGAUGAGGAAGAGGAGGAAGAGGAGGAGGAGGGAGAAGGGUCCGGAACCUCUCAAACUUCGUCUCCAGAGGGACUAAAGGACUUCAUGAAGACAACGUUUGAGAGCCUGGGUUCAGAGAAGGCAGCCGAUGACUUCUUUGCCCGCUCGCCGACUGACCCUCGCGACCUCCGUCUCUCCAUCUCCGCCAGGUUCUUCUCCCAGAGUGGCAAGCACAAGCUCCCAGGAUGGUCUCAGAACGUGACGGCCAGUAGGAGAAGCUGGUCGUCUCCUGAUCUGCCUCUACCUGCUCGGCUGACCACACCCCCUGUGGAACCAAUGCCACUGGUUGAGGAAGACGAUAGUAGCGAGAGUAGGGUUGAGAGAGGAGGGGAAGAGGGGGGAGGAGGGGAAGAGAAGAAAGAGGGAGGAGGGGGAGAGGAAGAAAGAACAACAGACGAAAACGAGGGAGAGAUGGAAGAGAGAGAAGUGGGAGGAGAGACAGAGAAAGACAAGAGUAAUGCUGUGGAAGGAAAAGAAGAGAGAGAGACAGAUAUCGAGGUGACAGCUGUGAAAACUCCAGAGAAGGUGACGAAACGAUCUCCGUCAAUCCAAGAAGAGAUCGACAAGACAAGGAAGAGGUUGGAAGAGCUGGGGUAUGGCUCUCUAGCAAAAGGAACCACAACAAGUUCUAAAACUGUGACCCCUCCUCACUCAACACACACCCCACCACAGGAAAGUGCAGCAGUAGAAGGUCCAUCUCUACUAUCCAGAGUGACACAGUGUAUAGCUGACAUCAAUGAGGGAUUCAGAAACAUGGUAGCUCUCCACCAAAUGGCAGUAGAUGGUCUUGGGUGUGGGCAGGGGGAAGAAGAGAGGAGAGGGGAAUGUGAGGAGGCCAUUGGAGCUAUUGCUACAGCUGUCGUUAGCCUGAAGAGACGGUCGGUCAGUAUGGCCAACAGACAUCGACGGAGAUGGAGGGACGUGGCGCGGGGGAGGGGGACGAGGGAGGCAGAGAGCUCUGGUAGCAGCUCCAGAGAGAGCUUGGAAUCCGGAGAGAGGGACGAGAGGGAGAGGAACAGUGCAGAGAGGGAGAAAGGGGAGGGAGAAGAACCAGAAGUGAAGGUGAUGCAGGAUUUGGGUGGAGCAGUGGGUGUGGUUGGCAGGGAAGAGGGCGUGGUCGGUGGAGAAGAGGGUGUGGUUGGCAGGGGAGGGAGUGUGGUCGGUGGAGAAGAGGGUGUGGUAAUGGGAGAAGAGGUAUUAGCUUUACUGGACCGUUACUCUCAGCAACUUGUUCAUCUUGUCCGUCAAAAAACAGCACAACCACAUCAGUGAUUAUAUACUCUGUCAUUUUUACACUUCAUAAUUAAUUCUGAAACCUUAUGACAAAAAUACGCGCAUGCUCGGAAGUGUUUUUAUGACGUCACGCGCCCAGGGUGGGCACUAUUUGGAAGUUUCAGCACCGCGACGUGAAAAUCAUGACGAACUUCAACUGGUACUUCACUCGAGAGGAGAUAGAGAACAAGAGCCCCUCGCGCGAGGACGGAGUCACGCUACCCACGGAGAUCCGCUACCGUCGGGAGGGCGCCCGGCUCAUUAUAAACGCAAGCAAUACGCUUGGCCUUCGUUACGACACGACAGCGACAGGAGUGGUGUUCUUCCACAGGUUCUACAUGCUGCAGAGUUUCCGACAGUUCAGCAGGUGGGUGGUGGCCGCAGCUUGUCUUCUCCUGUCAGGGAAGGUGGAGGAGACUCCCAAGAAAUGUCGAGACAUCAUUAAAGUCUGCCAGGCUCUGCUGAACGAACACCAAAUGGCCCACUUCGGCUCCAGUCCCAAGGUUGGGUAGUAUCCUGAGA